AGUCCGUAUCCCGCUUCCCGGCGACGACGUUCGGCUCGCGCGCUCGCCUUCACGCUCGCCUCGGCAAACGAAUUCUCGACCGUCGAUCAUGACACGCGGACGGACGAGGACGUGCAGGUGAAAGACGUUUUCCCGCGUCUCCCCCCCGCCCUCCCUCCCCUCCUUCGUCGGUCCGAUCGAAGAGGACAAGAGGAACACUCGCGGCGAAGUGCCACCGCGAGGAGGAGAAGAACGGAAGUGAGAAGACGAGAAAGAGGAAGAAAGGGAAGAAGAGAGAUCGAUAUCGGCUCGGAUACCGCCGGAAGAUCUAGUUGAUGGUGACAAAGUUUAUUGUGGAGAGUUUGUGGAGGGUUUAAACGCGCCUCCGGCCGAGGAGCAAAGAUGUGGCACCUGACGUGCGUCGACGACUUUUUGAAUCGCGCGUUUUACAAGGUUGGCCUCUUUGUCGGUCGACACCCCGGCUACUUCGUAAUCGUGCCGAUACUGCUGGCGUGCAUAUGCUUCACCGGCUACCAGAGGAUACACUACGAAAUCGACCCGGAAUACCUGUUCUCGCCCGUCAACGGCCCCGGCAAGACCGAGCGAGCGAUAGUCGAGCAGUACUUUAAAGUCAAUUACAGCCACCAAUUCAAUGUCGGUCGUAUCACACGACCAGGCCGAUUCGGUCAUGUAAUCGUGAUUCCGAAGGAUGGCGGGCAUAAUAUGCUGAAGAGCGCGAUCUGGCAGGAGCUGAGGGAGCUCGACUGGCUGAUCAGGAAUGUCACGGCGAGAUACGAGGACGAGGAAUUCACCUACGAACAGAUCUGUGCGCGAUGGCUCGAUCAGUGUUUCAACAACGACAUCCUAAAUCUCCAUCACAUAAUAAAGGAAGUGGAGAGGCGAGAGCUGAAUCUUACGUUUCCGGUGAUGUUCAAUCCGAUCACCUGGGACGCUCAUCUGUUUCCGGUCUUCUUCGGCGGAAGCGUUAUCAAUAGCGAUCACACCAUAGAGUCUGCGCCCUCGGUGCAGCUCGCCUACUUCAUCACCGUCGACAGUCCACGGCAGGAUGCAAUCGGCGCCGCUUGGGAAGAGGCUUUUCUGGAAGUCGUCGGCAAGGCCGAGGACGGAGGUGCGUUUAAGCACAUUAGCACCGCGAGAUUCGCCUCGAGGACCCUCGAGCUGGAGCUGGAGGCCAACACGAAGACGGUCGUGCCGUAUUUCGCCAGCACGUUCAUCAUAAUGGGCCUCUUCUCGGUCGUGACGUGCAUGAUGACCGACUGGGUGCGCAGCAAACCUUGGCUCGGUCUUCUGGGCAACAUCUCGGCCGCGAUGGCGACCGUUGCCGCUUUCGGAUUGUGCAUCUACCUGGGGAUCGACUUCAUCGGCCUCAAUCUCGCCGCGCCAUUCCUCAUGAUAGGAAUAGGGAUCGAUGACACCUUCGUUAUGCUAGCGGCCUGGAGAAGGACGAGCAUCUCCAAACCGGUGCCGGAAAGAAUGGCGGCGACAUUGAGCGAGGCUGCCGUCAGCAUCACCAUCACGUCCUUGACGGACAUGAUAUCCUUCUUCAUUGGCAUCUUGUCGCCUUUCCCUUCGGUCCAAAUUUUUUGCAUUUACUCAGGUUUCGCAGUGGUCUUCACUUUCCUAUUUCACAUAACGUUCUUCAGCGGAUGCGUCGCGAUCAGCGGUUAUUGCGAGCAAAGAAAUUUGCACAGCGUCGUCUGCUGCAAAGUGGAGCCGCUGUCGAAAUCCACUCAUCGAUCGUGGCUGUACAGAGCGUUGUGUUCCGGCGGGAUUGAUCCCGACGAUCCUCACAAUCCGAUCGACAAUCCCGAGCACGGAUGUAUGACUUGGUUCCGCGACUAUUUGGCGGCUGCGCUAAAUUAUCGUCCCGUGAAAGCGAUUAUCAUCGUCGUUUUCAUAUGCUACCUUCUCGGGGCCCUUUACGGACUUACGAACCUUCAGGAGGGAUUGGAUCGACGCAAGCUUUCCAAGGAAGAUUCCUACUCGAUCGCCUUUUACGACCGCGAAGAUUAUUACUUCAGAGAAUACCCUUACAGGAUACAGGUGAUAAUAUCCGGCGAAUACGACUACAGUGAUCCGAUGAUCCAGCAGCAGGUAGAGAACCUGACGAGUAGCCUCGAAGCGAGUAAAUACAUUAGCGCGCCGGUCUACACCGAGAGCUGGUUACGCAGCUUUAUCAGCUACGUGACGCGCAACGAGGAUUACCUGAACAAGAGCAUCACGAACGAGCACGACUUCAUCAAGAAUCUUAAGGAGAUCUGGCUCUACCCGAACAGCGCUUUCACCCUGGAUGUUAAGUUCGACGAGACGGGCGAGAAGAUCGUGGCGAGCCGGUUCCUGAUACAGGCGGUGAACGUGAGCGGUACCAAUCAAGAGAAGGAGAUGGUGAAGCAGCUGCGCGGCAUAUGCGCGGCGUCGCCGCUCAACGCGAGCGUAUUCCAUCCAUACUUUGUGUUCUUCGAUCAGUUCGAACUAGUGAGGCCGACCAGCAUUCAGUGCAUGAUAUUCGGCGCCCUCGUGAUGAUGCUCAUCAGCUUCAUCUUCAUUCCAAACAUCUUCUGCUGCCUGUGGGUCGCCUUUUGCAUCGUGUCGAUCGAGCUGGGUGUGGCCGGCUACAUGGCGCUGUGGGAUGUCAAUCUCGACAGCAUCUCUAUGAUCAAUCUGAUCAUGUGCAUCGGCUUCAGCGUCGAUUUCACCGCGCAUAUCUGUUACGCCUACAUGAGGUCGAAACGAUCGCGGGCGGAGGAUCGGGUUAAAGACAGCCUGUACAGCUUAGGUCUGCCGAUCGUUCAGGGUGCCGCCUCGACGAUACUCGGCCUGAUGGCCCUCCUGUUGGCCGGCACCUACAUCUUCCUGGUAUUCUUCAAGAUGGUCUUCCUCGUGAUCUUCAUCGGCGCCCUGCACGGUAUGUUCCUGCUGCCGGUGUUGCUGUCCCUCUUCGGGCCUGGCAUCUGCAGCGGCGGCGAGAUCGAGCCCGGUGAGGCGGAGAACACGAAGAAUAGCACGCAGGAAAAGGAGCUGCAGGCGAGCAAGCUGCAACUGCAACAACAGCAGCAGCAGCAGCAGCAGAAGCAACAGCCGCCCUACGUGAUCCCGCUUCCUCAUCUAGUCUAUUACGGUCCGGGCGACAUCAAGCCGCUCCAGGACAGUCCCGCGAUGAGCAUGGCGGUGUUCGAGGAGAGGGAUCCCGGCCUGGGUACCAGCGAGGACAGCAACUCGACCGAGAGCGGCUCCUCGCAGAGCAGGAGGCGCCAGUGCAAGCAGCCGCCUCAGGAGCAGCAGGAGCAGCAGGAGCAGCAGGAGCAGCAGGAGCAGCAGGACCAGCAGGACCAACAGUCGAAUCAGAUCCGCCACGACAUGUGGAGGAGAUCCAUCGGCGUCCUGUACGGCCUGUCGCAGUUCCAGUCCGCGAACGGCGAACCCCAGCAUCCGGCGCCGGACUAUCCCGGCGCCGAGAUGCGACCGGCGCGAGGAGGCUCGGGCCAGGACAACGAACGUCCGCGAACGGCCAAUCUUCCUUGCUUAGGACCUUACGUCGCGUAUCGCCACUCGAAUCAGUUGCCGCGCGAUUACAGGCGCAGCAGAUCCUACCACAAUCUGCAGUAUCCUACAUCGACGCGGCAUUUGACGGAUCCCCGGUAUCCUUAGAGGGAAUAAAGAUAAAUUAUCGACGCGAUACGGGAGAUCCCUCGAUCGAAUUCAGUCCCUUGAAAGCAGGACUGCAGUAACAAUCGAUUUUGGGAAGAAAGAACUGCCAUAUUUUAGGUUCUCUCGAGGAAAGAUCAACGGAGUCCAUAGAUAAGUACAGCAUUUAAAAAUAGUGCAUCGAUUAUCCCGAUAUAGUCUACUUUCAACCCAAAUAAAAUCAUAUCUUCAGAGAGAAAAUAUAUUUUUUCAGAAAAUAUCAAGUUAAAUUUGAAGAAUAUCUCGUAUAUAAUUCAUAAAUUUUUCCCAAUAAUAUCUUCUCUUCGUAUUCGACGAAUACAUUUUGUAAACGUUCGUUAAACAUUACGAGCGAUCCAGAUUGGGAUAUUGGGUUAUUAUAUAUUUCGGCUUUGAAUUCCUGAGAGAGAUAACUAUAAUUGCAAUGGUGUUCAAUUAUAUGACAAUCUUGCGAGACUAUGACAAUGCAAAGGAAAGAAAAGCAAAUAGAAAGGAAACGGCGUUUUGUGCAAACACGGACUAAGACGUCCGAGUUGCGAUCCAUUAGUUUCAAGGGGCUGAACUUCAAGAGGAUUUUACUCUCAAACAGCGGGACAAGUAGGGAGUGACGCCCGAGUAUGUUCGGAUUCGUGUAAUAAUUUUUUUUUCUGCUCACUCAAUCUGAAUUUCGAUCUAUUAAAUUUAAAUUUUAUUGUGUGUUAAAUUUUAUUGUCCAAAUUUUUUUAUUAAAUUAUGUAACGAAAAAAAACAUAGAAAAAAAAAUUUAUUAUUAUAAUUAAUAUGUGGCUAUUGAGUAUGAAAUAAGAAAGGAUUCUUAAGGUACAAAGAAAUUAACGUUAAUUGUACAUUUCUUUUUUUACAUAAUUAACGCUGCCAAAAAUAUUAAUUUUGUGUACGAAACUGGAAUCUGAAAGGUUCCGGGCGCCACUGAACGAGGAUUAACAAUGUGAUUUUGAAGACUUUUUGUAUAGUAAUGCUUACUACGAAAUAAGUGGUGGAAAAACGACGUUGAAGUUGUGUCGCUACGUUUGUACUACGCAUCGAGAAAUCUUACGCACGAUAUCGAGGCUCGAAUAUUAUUUGAGGAACGAGCUGUCGCAUAGAGAGUGCCUUAAGACAAUCAGUUACAAGUAUACACAUUUAGCGACACUACAUUCCUUUGAGAAGACAUAUGGAGGAGUGUCGAUACUUCAUUAUAACUAGAAGAGAGCAGAUCUAUCAAUUCUCAAAUCUCUAUAGAGAUUUAUCGUACACGUUUUGAAUUUCUGCUUCUUCGGAGGAUCGUAUUGUUUGUCAUCGUGUAUGUGCUUGGCGCCAUUAAGCGGCCAUUUAAUCCUGCUUCAUCUGACGUGAGCAAAAUGAAUAUAAAAUGAGAUUAUACACGAUUACGUACGUCUGAUCAUUCUAAAGGUGACGAGAAUACGGGAUCUAGCUUAAAGUUCCAAAUUUUAAGUCACCCACUUGAAUCACUCGGAUUCUUAGGAUCCUGGGAUCCUCGCGAUAAUCUCUGCCGUUUUCUCCCUCCGCUGUCACUAUAGAUUCCACAAUUUUAGGUUGGCGUAUCGCGCCCUUCGCAGCCAAAGGGUUAAUCUCGUAGCACUCGCGUUGUGCAAUGUCCUUUGCACAAAGGACAAGGCGCCGAUGCGAGAGGAUAGUGCCGGGACGACGUUGCCGGCAUAUCGGGUUUAAGUUAGUCGUUAAGAAUAGCUCAAAUCGAAAGCGAUAAUAUUAUAUAUAUAAAUAUAUAUAUAUAAAUAUA